AUGGACAUCGUGUAAGUGCAGAUAUUUCGAUAUUCAAUCCUUUCUUUUGAGGCUCACCUUUACUAUUAUUACAAAUCCACUUUACUCAUUCACAAGUAGUGGAAGCACUCACGAGAGUUGCUUCGCAGACAGUUUGCGCGGAUUUAGUAUCAGGAUGUCAAGGUAUUGAGGGUCCUAUCAAUACUCUCCUGGCUGAAUUAUCAUCUUCCACCGGUUGUAUCGAUUUGCAGCCCAGUUUCUUUCGCUUCACACUUGCAACGACAACUUCAUUGAUUUUUGGAGAGCCCUUUGCCGGUCUCGACCCAAAGGCUCAUGAAGAUUUCGCUGAGAAUUUUGAUUAUACAUCGCUUGUGUCUGCCAUGCGACUACGCCUGGCAAACUUUUGUUUCUUAUUAAAUCCUCAAAAAUACAAGAAAGCAUGUACGCAAGUAAAGAAAUAUGCGAAAUACUAUGUGGAACACGCAUUGAGAGACCGAGAGGAGAAUGGAGAAGAAUCAGCAAUCAAACGUCACCCGUUCAUCAUUGAACUAUUCAAUGAACUCCAGAACCGCCAUCUUUUCCGUGAUCGGCUCAUGAAUGUAUUACUCGCUGGCAGAGAUACCACCGGGUGUUUGAUGUCUUGGGCUUUGUGA